GGAAGUCAGCAAUGGUGAGGCCGUCCGAAUCACGAGAAUACUUCAUCAGGUUGUUUACAUCUGUAAUGAUCUUUUUGGUUACCCUGCAGACGGAGACAGUCUUAAAACCCAAGCGACCGGACUCCUACCCUGGCCUGCAGGAUGGUUGGUAAACUGUCUCCCUGCUUCUUCAUCCUUAUUUUCAUGCUGAAAUCCCUGGUUGGGCGACCCCAAAGCCCAACAAUGGUUAGAUAUGAAUUCAACAGAACUGCUCAGAAAGACGUGGCAGCGGAGGUUGCAGGCUACGCAGAUAUGGCCAAACAGAUCAUCGACCUGGCUGUGUUCGGAGCCGCGAAGAAUCGCUCUUACGGACGCCUCGCCGACUUUACAGACACCAUCGGGAACCGUGUCAGUGGCUCGCUCAACCUGGAGAUGGCUAUCAAAUAUAUGUACAAAGCUAUGAUGCAGGAUGGUUUGGACGUUCAUCUGGAACCAGUAAAAAUCCCACACUGGGUUAGAGGAAAGGAGAGUGCAGUGAUGACCUUGCCAAGGGUUAAGAAUCUGGCUCUCCUAGGUUUGGGGAGCAGUGUGGGGACACCACCUGAAGGCAUUGAGGCCGAGGUGUUGGUUGUUGAAUCUUUUGAGGAACUGAAGCGCAGAGCCAGCGAGGCCGUAGGGAGGAUUGUGGUCUUCAACCAGCCAUUUGUCAGCUACGGCACAACAGUGGCAUACCGCGAAUACGGCGCCUCGGAGGCGUCGAAAUUUGGAGCCGUGGCCACACUUAUUCGAUCCGUCACUCCUUUCUCGAUUAAUAGCCCUCACACAGGUUGGCAAGACUACCAGGAUGGUGUGAAGCGCAUCCCUACGGCAUGCAUCACCAUGGAGGAUGCUGAGCUCAUGUCGCGUAUAGCGCAGAGGGGGCAGCGGAUCACCGUCCGACUCACCAUGGCCGCCAAGACGCUCCCAGAUGCCGACUCCUAUAACACGGUGGCUGAGAUAAAAGGCUGGCAGCACCCCGAGCAGGUUGUCCUAUUGAGUGGUCAUCUUGACAGUUGGGAUGUUGGCCAGGGUGCUAUGGAUGAUGGGGGCGGAGCCAUGAUUUCCUGGGAAGUCCUGUCACUCAUAAAACAGCUAGGUUUACGUCCGAGAAGGACAAUGCGUACAGUGCUGUGGACGGGUGAAGAGCAGGGAGGAGUUGGAGCGCAGCAGUACUACAAUCUUCAUAAGGUGAAUCUGUCCAACUUUGAUCUGGUCAUGGAGUCUGACAUGGGGACAUUCAGCCCGGUGGCCCUGCAAUUUACAGGCAGUGCUGAAGCACAAAGGGUGAUGGAGGAGGUGGUCAAACUGUUGGCUCCUCUCAAUACAACCAAACUGGAGACACAUGGAGAGGGUACGGACAUCUCGCCUUGGAUGCAGGCUGGAGUACCAGGUGCCAGCCUACAUGUAGCCGACAGUCGAUAUUUUUGGUUCCACCACACGGAAGCUGAUACCAUGACAGUUCAGAACCCUGGAGACAUGGACCUCUGCUCGGCUUUGUGGGCCGUGGUGGCGUACGUGGUAGCAGACCUCGAGGACAUGCUGCCUCGGUAGUUGUUGGGAGGACGAGACAAGGAUUCUCAGAAGCUGCGUCAGAAGUGUUUACACUGGUGAUAUCGCAGCAGAGUAUUCUGUAAAGCUUUAGCGAAAAAUAAUCUUUCUCUUAAAGUGAGACCAAAACGUGACAAGGAUUAGGGAAAAUGGUUUGAACCAAACAUUUUUAUUUUUCCAUGGUUUUUAUACUUAAUAUUUCUGUAUGUGUACAAAGUGCAACUUUUAUUUCAUCACCAGUUUUGUGUUCUGUAAGAUUUUACAAAGAAUAAUUUCAUUGUUUUAUUAUCAUGGAUAAAAGGCCAUUGCUUUGAAUGACCAUUCAUUACCAUGUUUAAGUGUUUUCAUGAUGAUGUGUGACAAAAGCGCUAGUAAAUAAAAUUAGCUACGAUGACAUGGUUAAAAUGCAAGAUAAAGAAUAGAAAAGCAGAACAAAAAUUUUGCCAAGAAUUUGCAAUUAUUUCCAUUUUUGGUUGCCACAGAAGGCAGCAAGAAAUACAAUUGGCCAAUGUAUUUCAAAUCCAUUAUUCCCAUCAGUGAUGUCAGCCAGCAUAGACAAAAGUUCUUUGGAAACUAUGAGUGUGCACUGGAAGUUGUUGUAACUUGUAACAGGCCUUAAGUCACCUUUUGUCAGUACCUUCUGAAUUCAUGGGCUGAUUCACACGCAUGCACACACACGAUUACGUGAGUUGAGAAACGGAUUGGAUGUUUCAACACAAUGAGUCACGCAUCUGCGCUGACGAGCUGCAGGAAGCCACAUGCACACAAAAACAACAGACGUCACUUCAUCAUGGAUUUGCCCUACUACAUCUGGUACAAUUAUUUUACUUUUUUUACAAGUCUUUUUUUUUAACAUUAGCUUUUUUGUAAUUGUUGCCAUUUGUUUAUGUUACGACUACUAUUGAGAGAUCUUACAUGUUAAGGUGAUACUGUAAAAAGCCUAUACUGAGGAGGUGUUGUUCUCUAUACACCAGGGGUCAUUGACCUUUGUGAAAGCUGCUUCUUGGUUAUUGAAUACUCAUAAUGGAAAGGACUAAUAGUUUGCUAAACACAUCUGGAAUAACA